AUGGCCGCCUCUGUUCCAACUGUAGGGGCUGUUAACAGAGCACCGUUGAAAUCGAAUGGCUCUCGGGCAGGAACUUUGGCUCCAAGCGCGGCAUUUUUGGGCAAAAGCUUUAAGAGGGUGAGCUCCAUUUCCAAGAUCACCCACCAGAGGAUAUCAUCUGGGAAUUUCAGGGCUGUUGCAGAAUACGAUGAGGAGAAGCAGAGCUCCAAGGACAGAUGGGGAGGUCUAGCCUUCGACAUUUCCGACGAUCAGCAGGAUAUUACUCGAGGAAAGGGAAUGGUGGACACUCUCUUCCAAGCUCCCAUGGGUUCCGGGACUCACCAUGCUGUCAUGAGCUCCUACGAUUACGCCAGCGCUGGCCUUCGCCAAUUCAACCUUGAUAACAUCAUGGAUGGAUUUUACAUUGCUCCCGCGUUCAUGGACAAGGUUGUUGUUCACAUCACCAAAAACUUCUUGAGCUUGCCAAACAUUAAGGUUCCUCUCAUCUUGGGUAUCUGGGGAGGCAAAGGACAAGGAAAAUCAUUCCAAUGUGAGCUUGUCUUUGCCAAAAUGGGAAUCAACCCCAUCAUGAUGAGUGCUGGAGAAUUAGAAAGUGGGAACGCUGGGGAACCUGCAAAACUGAUUAGGCAAAGGUACCGAGAAGCAGCAGAUAUCAUCAGGAAAGGAAAAAUGUGCUGCCUAUUCAUCAAUGACCUGGAUGCCGGAGCCGGCCGGCUCGGCGGAACCACACAAUACACGGUGAACAACCAGAUGGUGAAUGCCACCCUCAUGAACAUUGCUGAUAGCCCAACCAAUGUCCAGCUUCCUGGUAUGUAUAACAAGGAGGAGAAUCCCCGGGUUCCCGUCGUCGUCACCGGUAAUGACUUCUCCACAUUGUAUGCCCCUCUCAUCCGGGAUGGUCGGAUGGAAAAGUUCUACUGGGCACCAUCUCGGGAAGACUGCAUUGGUGUCUGCUCUGGUAUCUUCAAGACAGACAGAAUACCCAAAGAGGACAUAGUGAAGCUUGUGGACACCUUCCCUGGACAGUCCAUUGACUUCUUUGGUGCCCUCAGGGCAAGAGUGUAUGAUGAUGAAGUGAGGAAAUGGAUAUCAAGUGUCGGGGUACAAAAUGUUGGGAAAAGGCUUGUGAACUCAAAGGAGGGACCUCCAACCUUCGACCAACCAAAUAUGGCUCUGGAGGAGCUGCUUAGGUAUGGAAACAUGCUUGUCCAAGAGCAGGAGAAUGUAAAGAGAGUCCAAUUGGCUGGCAAGUACUUGAGUGAGGCAGCUCUUGGGGAUGCAAAUGAAGACGCCAUUAAAACUGGAAACUUCUAUGCUUAG